GGCGCAGUCGUUCGAGGCGGUGCGGGGAUCCGACGUCGGUUUUUGUUCCCUUGGAGCUGUCUCGGAGUCCGCGGGGAUCCAGGCAGGGAGCGGCGGCGACAGGCACGGAGGGAGACACGGGGACACGGAGACACGGCGCCGUGUCUCCCUGGAGGAAGGCUGCUGCGGGGCACUUCUAAUCCCACGCCGCCUAUCGCUUCCAACGAGGAUGAUCAACCUCACCAUCUUCGCCAAGCUACUGCUGUCCAGAGAGGCGUCGUUCUUCUUGCUGCUCCUUGCGGGCUUCGGCUUCCUGGUGGUGUUCGUGACCGUCGAGCACCCGAACGGGCCGAGCAACGUGGCCCUCCUCAACCUGCCGAAGUUCUCUGGCGCCGGCGAUGACGACGCCGCCGCCGCGUGGAGCGCCGAGCGGCUGCUCCCCGGCCCCAAGUGCUUGCCCAAUGACAGCGUUCAAACGAAGUUCGCAAACUUUGCGUGGUUCCCGUCGCACAUCCAGCGGUUCCUCGCCUACCGGCACUGCCGCUCCUUCCCGCUGCUCGUCGACCAAGCCGACAAGUGCCGACGCGAUGCGGCCGACGGGGAGCGGCCGGUGCUUCUGCUCGUCAUCAAGUCCCGGCCGGAGCACUACUACCGCAGAAUGGCGAUCCGCCACAGCUACGGGCAGCAGCGCGAGACGAGCGGCGUGGUCGUCCGGCGCCUCUUCAUCAUGGGCCUGUCCUCCAACAAGGACUUCCAGAGGCUGGUGCGCUACGAGAGCGCCACCUACAAGGACGUGCUGCAGUGGGCAUUCGACGAGGCCUUCUUCAACCUGACGCUGAAGCAGGUGCUCUUCAUGGCGUGGUUCCAGCGGCGCUGCACCGACAACGCCACCUUCGUGUACAACGGCGACGACGACAUGUUCCUCAACACCGAGCGGCUGGCGUCCGAGCUGCGGCUCUUACCGAUGAGCGAGGACCUCUACGCGGGCCUGGUGAUCAGGGAUACGGAGCGCGUGAACACGCGGAUGAGCAAGUACUACGUCCCCGAGGAGAUGCACAGCAGCAACGCGUACCCUCCCUACGUCAGCGGCGGCAGCAUCCUCAUGACCGCGGCCACCGUCAGGAAGUUCUACGGCGUCUCGCACGAGAUGGAGCUCUACCCCAUCGACGACGUCUUCUUCGGCUUCUGCGCCGACCGGCUGGGGAUAGCCACGCACAACCACCAUGGCUUCCGGACGUGGGGGCUGCGGUCGCGUGGCUUCCUCACCGGUCUCCUGGGUGACCGCCUGCCGGCGCCGUGCUCGCUGCGCCAGAUGGUCGCUGUGCACAAGUUCAAGCCCAAGGAGCUGCUGCAGCUCUGGAAGCAGCUCCAGGCGACGACCGAGGACUGCUGACGGCUCCCCCUUCACCUCCUCCGUUCCUCCCCCCCCAGACGUGACCACCGUGUUUGUGAACGCUUGGUUUUGCGAGUUCGAAUCGUCAAUGUUAGAGCGCGCUGGCGCUUUGCUCUCUCCAGAGUGGCCGUCUGCGCUGCGCGUGGUCAGGGUCUGCUGUUGUCUGCUCUCUGCCGCGUGCCGGCUCGGCGACUCGUCGCUACGGAUGCCAAAUCGGCGAUGGCAAUGCGGGGCGGGGGUUGUGCAUCUCCGCGGUUUGUUCCGAUCUCGCGCAGUGCCGCGUCGCCAAACGCGCUCCGACGCCAUGCCCCAGCACUGGUGUAGGCGCUGGCCACGGCGGCGGAGCGUGGCAGAGCGCUGCGGUGAACUCGCCGCUCCCGCGAGUCUCCCUGCACAUGGCUCGUGAUGCUGUCGAGGGGUUUCCACCAUGGGUUGUUUGAAGCGGGCUGCCGUGUGCGUUAUGCAGGCACGGCGGUCGUGGCUCUCUGUAGCCGUGUGAAUCCCGCGGCGAGCCGGUCGCGUUACCGAGCGGCCCCCCGAGUGGCCGCGAGUUCCUCGUCUUGCGUGGCGCUUUGACCCUUGACCUGGGUUCAUCCCGAGGCCAUGCACAGCUUCCUGCUGCUUUGGUUUUAAUUUUGUUUUGGAAAAACGAUUCCUGAGCAAAGGCCCAGAACGUCAUGUGGCCAGCAGAAAGCGGCACAAUGGGAGCUGCGGGCACCCGACGGGGGGAGACGUCGCAUCUCCGUGGGAUCUACCGGCGGCACGUACCUGCUCUAGAAAUGACGGUUUUUUUUGGGGGGGGCGGGGAGUUAAUUCGAUGCUGUGAGAAAGAAAACACAAAUAUCUCGUUCAGUGUAGAUAGGAAUAAUCUUGAUUUGAAGUUUUCGUGACUGCAGGAAUCCAUACUCUUUGGUUCUUUCAGUAAAGUCACGUAGUAGUAUAAAUACGUGACUAUUUAAUUUUAUUUCUACCUACGUGGCUUUACCGAAAGAACCAAAGAGUAUAGUUAGGAAUAGUUGUUUCGACAGCGCAGUAUUUUUAUUUCCAGCCCGUGGGGGUGGGGGACUGGAGUUCGCCAGGACGGGGGUGGUGAUGAUGAGAUUAUUACGUGCGAUCCGUGACGCGGGGGAGCGGUUCGCGCUCCGCCGCCGGUCGACUAUGCGAGCACGAAGGUUACGCAAAGUUGCGGCGGCCGACGGGAGAGAUUUGCACAACGUCUGGCCGCUGGACGGAACCGGCGCGACGCACCGUUCUCUCCGUCCGUGGUCGUCGUGCGGCCGGCUAUGGCCGAAGAGCGAUGCCCACAAGGGCCGUGGUGCUGGGCGAGGCGCAAGCGUCCAUGCCACCGGUGGGUGGCCACGCCGCCGGCUUCAGUGACCGCAAGUGGAGCCGGCACGGGAGCCGGCUCCACUCCUCUGACAGAGGCCGCCAAUUCCACAUCGAUUUGCAUGUGGGAGGACUUGGUGGCCUCACUGUUUGGGUCAGGAGCGUUUUUGUAAAGAUGUGUCCAUUUAUUUCCAUCCUGUCAAUGAUUCCAACCAAAUUGUAUUUGAACAAAUGGCACGACAGCCCUCUGUCGAUCUACUGCUGGAUAAGGGCAUCCCGUGCCGUAUCGUUCUUGGGCAAUGUUUGACCAUACUUCACCACGCUGAUCAAUGCGUGGGUUGGUGAAGGUGCUUGUUCAAACAAAACCGUGGAUUCGUAAACCCAUAAUGUGGGGAGUCGGCGGCAUGGUACCAGCCAGCGAACCCCCGCGGGGUCACGGUCUCCCUCCCGCGUGGCGUGGGAUUACAUCGGUUUGUUGCGUUUUCUCAGUUACCAUGGCGACCGGACACGAGCCUUCUGUUGCCGGCCAACUGGACACGAGCCUCCUGUUGCUAGGCAAUAGUACAGUGUCACAGCGCACAUUCAGCCAUCGAGCAGAUGCACGCAAAGCAGAGUGAGGCCCGGGGACAGGGCGAAGCCCACGGUGAGAGAGAGGCGGCACGGCUCGCGCUCGCAGGAAGGCGCUGCUGCCGAUGCGCGUUCACGUUUGAGCGACGCCGUCAAAGUAAGCGGGCUUGCACUGGAAGGGACGAUGGUUGGUGGACGAGAAUCACGACGGACCGCAGGCGUGGCGACGGAGCGGUGGAACAGAUUGUGGCGAAGUCCGCGUGCGAGGUGGUGCAGGUUUGGGUGGAGGCCUUCGUCCAGCAGUGCAUUGAGCAUGGCUGUUGACGGUCACAUACAAGUACCGUGAGGGUGGUGCUCUUGUGUGAGGUAGUGCGCAGAAAUUGGUGACGCGUGGCACACGGGGAGUGGUGCAUGAACACACGAUGUCUGUGGAAGCGUGACACUGCGAGUGUAUGACGGUGGUGGUGGUGCUGACUGUGGUGGUGGUGGUGGUGAAGGCCCAUGGAGACCCUCGCGUUUGUCUUGUUUAUUGACUUCAUCAUUUCACGAGAUGAUUUAUUUGUAUAAAAAAAUCGUCAGAGCGGUUGUUACACGGUAAUCGUAAUUUUUAUUUGUAACGUGAUAUUUACAUCACUCAGGUCUCGAUGUUCAACCUCAAAAGGAACAAGGCUUUGAUCGUAAUUUCCAAGCGGCUGUUAAUUAGGUCAAUGCGCAAUGUGGACCUUGCACGGCUGAAUCUCCGACGCGCGUUUGAGGUGUACCGUGUGUUGCCUGGCACUAUGUCCCGUUGAUUUGCCCAAAAAGCCCCCGGGGGACGUGGCGCGAAAACGUCGGACGUGCCGAGCAACACACAGCAGGAGCCGAGAACGCUUUGGAGAGUAGCAGGGAAACCGCGGCAACCAGCCCCCAGCGCACGGACGCUCCCUAGUCACGGCGCCAUCGGCAAUCCCGACACGGAGUGUUCCAAGCGAACGGGUGGGGGAUGAUGGAUUAAUGCCUCGUGGAUGCUUUGUAGAGUUUCUGUAACGUCGUUCAUAUGGUGUUCGUGCUAAUCGACAUUUCGACAAUCGCUUGAAGAGGACGUGAGCGAGAGGAGCCCUCUUCGCCGUUCAAGCGUGGACAGGGUUUGAGUCGUGCCCUUGCGGAGCUGUCCCGCCACGGCGUCGCCGCUCGUGUCACUUGCUCGUGUCACUCGUGGUAUCACUCGUGGUAUCACUCAUCGUAUCACUCUCAUACUCUCGAGUCAUCGCUGUGGCAAAAGUCACAUCGGCUAAAAAUGUCAAACGCCACCUGCCCUGGUGACGAUCAAAGUCCGCGGGGCCGCACGCCGAUGCGGAGCACUCGCGGUGCUGGGUAGCGCCGUGACACUGCGAUUUUGAUUUUGCAAAACGCCAGAUUGUCUGGUACCGAGUGCUGGACCAUGGCAAUAUUUUCAGGGUUGAUGGUCCAUACGCAGGACGUCUGGAGCGCACACUUCUGGGCGCCGUGGCGAGCUGUAUGACUCGGCCGAGGAAAUGCACUCGAGACUUUAAAGAGACGUGCUGACGACGCACAACUCCGUUAUUUAUUGUGAACUAAGGUUAAUCAAUGGUCACGGCCUAGGCAGGGCCCUACUCCUCUUGAGCUCGAGGCCCAGGAGCAGUAGCGGCCUUUGCUCGUGGUGAUGGAGCCAGACCUGGCCAAUGCCGGUCAUACCGAGCAAACGGCUCGCGUGAAGCCUGCCGGGCCCCCCCCGGGUCACCGACUCUGCGAGUGUGACUGUAACCCUCCUUGCCGACUCCUGUGACCUAAGCUAUGUUCUGAUUGUAUAUUUUUUAUAGAGAAUAUUUUUUUGUCGAUUUGUACGCAGUGUUACAUUAUUAUUGAGCCCCAGUUUGUUACUAUUUUGUACGCCAAUGUACAUGUUUGGCUGUAAUAAAGGUGAAUGUUAAACGUU